CUUGUGUUGAGGUGAGUGCUGAUGGGACCUCACAAUGAUCUACUUGUGUUGAGGUGAGUGCUGAUGGGACCUCACAAUGAUCUACUUGUGUUGAGGUGAGUGCUGAUGGGACCUCACAACGAUCUACUUGUGUUGAGACUCACCGGGUGUGAUCUCAAAGAUGACAUUUGUGAAACCGUUGCCUCAGCUCUCCAGUCAGCUGGCUCAUGUCUGACAGAGCUGGACCUCAGCUACAACAAACUGACAGACACCGGGGUGGAGAGGAUCUCCACUGGGCUUAUGAGUCCACACUGUAAACUGAAGAUCCUGAGACUGACUGGUUGUGAGAUUACAGAGGAGUCCUGUGGAAGUUUGUCCUCUGCUAUAGCAGUCUCUCAGCUCGAGGAGCUGCGUCUGGGCUGCAACAAACUGGGAGACUCUGGAGUAAAGCUGCUGUCUGCUGGACUGAUGGAUCCACACUGUCAGAUACAUACUCUGGGGCUAAGGGAGUGUAAUCUCUCCAGACCUUCCUGUGUCUCUCUGGCUCCUGUACUGUGGUCAUACUCAGUCCUGAGAGAGCUGGACCUGAGAGACAACAACCUGUGGUACUCUGGAAUGAGGAUUCUCUCUGCUGGACUGAGGAACCCCAACUGUGCCUUACAGACUCUUAGGCUUUCUGGUUGUCUAGUCACAGAGAAAGGCUGUACGUUUCUUGCCUCCGCUCUGGAGUCAAAUCCCUCCAACCUGAGAGAACUGGACCUGAGCUUCAAUCACCCAGGAGACUCUGGAGUGAAGCUGCUCUCUGAUAGACUGAAAAAUCCACACUGUAGCCUGGAGAAACUCAGUGUGGACCAUGGUGGAGAGUCCAGAAUCAAACCAGGCCUGAGGAAAUAUGCCUGCCAGCUGCAGCUGGACGGUAUGUCAGCAGAUGGUGACCUGACUCUGUCCGAGGACAACACGAGGGUGGUGAGGAGAACGCAGGUUCACACAUAUCCUCAUUUUGAUUUCUCGGAUUCAGAUGACUCUGAUUACUCAGUUCGGACCAAAAAGACGGAUAAGUGGGCCAAAGUACGCUGCAGGGAGCCCCUGUCUGAUGGUCGUUUCUACUGGCAGGUUGAAUGGACUGGCUGGGUUGACAUUGGGGUGACAUAUACACCCAGAUGGGAUAUUGAGAAGAAGAGGUCUUGGGGGCUUUUCUGCUGCAAUGAACAGUACACAUUUAUUCAUAGUAACAGUUUCUCAGUUGUAUCAGUACCCAGACCGGACCCAAAGUGUAUAGGAGUGUAUCUCGACUUUCCGGCCGGCACUCUGUCCUUUUACAGCGUCUCCUCUGGUACACCGGCCCACCUGUACACAUUCCACACCACGUUCACUGAGCCCCUGUACCCUCAGUUCAAAAUCAUGUGUGAUGAGAUUGAGAUAUUUGGCUCAGUUCAGAUCCAAACUCUGUGAAUGAAAAGCAGCCGUCGUCAGAGUAACUGACAGACAGACACAUUUUUGAUUCAUUAUGUCUGUAUUUUUCACUACACCUUCACUCAGAGAGAGGACAAUGAUGUUUUGAUUAGAAACCUUUUCUAUAAUAAACGUAAUAAAUAUUUACCAUUCACACAUUGUUCAGGUUUUAGUGUGGAAAUGGUCUUUGGAA